CUCCAUGCGUAGAGGUCAAAUGUGAAGCAAGUCUAUUCGUUGAUAGCUAAUCUCGAAAAAAAUUUUGGGCGAAGAUUUUUCAAAUAUUAUAAAUGGAAUCGUGCAACAAAACAGAAAUGGAAGAAAUAAGCAAGCAAAUCACAGAUCACGAUUAUGAAGCAGCGGUAAAUGCGCUCAACGUGCUGGACAUAAGCUCUAAUUUCUUCACUAAAUCUAAAGGAAUAUUCAGAUCUUUCCUGAUUUGCUAUGAAUCCAAAGACGAUGAGCAGAAUAAGGUAGCAUUGAAGUGUUUGAAUAUUCUGAAGCGGUCAUGUGCCUUAGGUCAAUCCUACCAAAAUGAAAUAAUCGCUAUGGAACUCUUUUUAUCCAAAAUCAAAAGUAUUCUGGAUAAUGAAGAAGUUCAUGAAAAUGUUCGGACAAGUUGCCUUCAGUUGUUGGCGAAUUUAUGCGUUCAAAAUAAACCAAACCAAGAACUUGUCCUGAAUGAGUUUAAAGAAUUUCUGCUGGAGAGUAUUAAGAGCAACACAAUCCUUACAAAUGCUGCCACGAUGAUUCUAUACAACUCGUUUAUAUAUAAAUCAUCUAUUGGACUUAACGCACAGGAACUACUAGAAGUUCUUCUAUCCAAUGUAGAAAUAAAUAGAUUAUGCCAGAAGGAAACCACCGAAUUCGUCAGUAUUUUUCUCGAAUACCUGAUGUGUGAAAGCAAUGAAAUUGUCGACGGGUACGAGCGAAUUAAUUACACGAGUAGAAUUAAUUUUCUUCGGUAUGUAAGCGAAUAUUUGCGUCAACAAGGCCCUCGGGACCGCCCAUUGCAACCUGAUCUUUUCAAACAUCUGCUUGUUGAUUUCAAAAAGAAAUCUGACUGUGUACUGAAGAAUGUCGACAGCUAUUUGGACCAAGAGAGUACAGAGGAAGUGUUUACUCUGUUAAUGCUCUUCUCGGAUGCAACAUGCGUCGAGCCAUACGAUUCCUUUCUACGGGCGGAUAGUGCGUUAUUUUUGAAUAUGGGAUGUCUGCUUCGUCAGCUGCAAUCCCGUGGGAAAAAUUGCGACGCUAAUAUUUUCACUCCCGUGGAAAAAAUUGAAGAGAUUCUCAAAGUUAAAGAAGGCACCAGCAAUCUUAAUAUUGAACAAGACAUUUCGUUUUCGCUCAAAUCAUCGCUAGUGAAAGGACUAGCAAACUUAGCCUACAGGAACAAAAAGAAUCAAAACUUAGCACGCGAAAUGGGAAUCAUAGCCGCAAUCCUAGAGUGUACUAAUUUAGAUGCAAGGAAUCCGCUAAUAAAAGAAUGGAGUAUCCUGGCUAUUCGAAACUUAUGCGAUGACAAUUUAGAGAAUCAAAAAUUCAUUGCAUCUAUAACGAAGGUCGGUGAUGCAGAAAAUUCGUUGGUAACCGAUUUUACCAGUGGAGGAGGGACAAUUCGGAUCAGCGAUGGUUCAUCAACAUCGAAAACAAAAUGACAAUAGUGAAUAAUUUAUUUAUUGGGUUCAAUAAUAAAUCAGUUCAAAUUA